AUGGUCCAGUCCGCCACCGGAGGCUACGACGGCUCCAUGCUCAACGGCCUCAACAUCCUGCCCUCGUACACGGACUACUUCAAGCUCAACAACGCCACCACCGGCCUCAACACGGCGUCCGUCUUCAUCGGCGGCUUCUUUGGCCCGAUCUGGGCGGGCGUCAUGACGGAUCGGCUGGGUCGUCGGCCUGCCAUCUUCUGGGGCUCGGUCGUGACGCUGCUGGGCAUUGUUUUGCAGACGGCGGCGCAGAACGUUGCCAUGUUUGUCGUCGCGAGGGUUGUCCUUGGAUGGGGAAGUGCGAUUUCGUCUGUUGCGGGCGCCGUCUAUCUGAGCGAGACGUUUGCGAGCAGGUAUCGUGCCUGGGGCGUUGGAAUUCUAAACAACUUUUACUACGUAGGCUCGCUGAUAGCAGCAGGCGUCACUCUGGGAACCGGUCAGUGGCAGUCCACAUGGGCCUGGCGUCUUCCGUCGCUGCUUCAGGGAAUCUUUUCUCUUGCGUGCAUCCUGGUGCUCCCCUUCAUUCCCGAGUCCCCGCGAUGGCUCGUCAGCAGAGAGCGCUACGAGGAUGCUCGCCUCUCAGUCGCUCAGACAAACUCGAAUGGCGACAUUGCGGACCCCGUGGUGGUGGCCGUAUACAAGGAGAUUGUCGAUACUCUGGAAUGGGAGAAGAAGCACGACAUGACUAUGAGUCCUCUGGAAAUCAUCAAGACUCCCACCGCGCGCAAAAGGACACUGAUUGGAGCGUCUGUCGGGCCGUUUUCGUGCAUUGCUGGGAAUGUCAUUGCGUCGUAUUACCUGGGAAGCGAGCUGGACACGGCAGGCAUCACAGACACCAACGACCAGCUCAAGGCCAAUGUUGUCCUCAAUGUCUGGUGCCUAUUAUGUGCAUUUGCAGGGACUCAUCUGGCCGCGAUAUGGGGCCGCAAGCCCACUGCCCUGCUCUCUCAGAGUCUCCUCAUUGUAUGCCUCUUCAUCAUCGGCGGCUUGUCCAAAAUGUACGCGGACGAUCCGGAUGGCGCCUCCCAGAGCUUGAUCUACGGUGACGUCGCUGUCAUGUUCAUCUUCCAGGGGAUCUACUCCAUUGCUUGGACGCCUUUGCUCUAUCUUUACCCGCCAGAAGUGAUGAACUACCCUAUCCGAGCCAACGGAUUGGCGCUUUCGGGAUUCAGUUUGAAUGGAUUGGCGCUCCUGCUCACAUUCGUCAUGCCCAUUGCACUGAACAACAUUGGGUGGAAGACAUACAUCGUCAACGGGUCAUGGGACAUUGUUACUCUUGUGCUCAUUGCCGUCUUUUGGGUAGAGACAAAGGGCAAGACGUUGGAAGAGAUUGACGCUAUAUUCGAGGGCGAGAAGCAUUCGUCGCAAAUAGAGAUUGAGCUUCAUGAAGAGAUUGGCCUCAAGACAAAUGAGGCCUGA